AUGGGUUCAUCCGCCCUAGUUUGUCUCUGUGAGGAGCACCGGUUCUGUUUGUGGAAAAGAAGGGUGGAUCCAUGCACUGAGGAUGAGUACGAUGAACACCUCAGAGUGGUUCUACAGAUUUUGCGAGAGAAACAACUGUACGCCAAGUUCAGUAAAUGUGAGUUCUACUUACGUGAAGUAACGUUUUUGGGACAUGUGAUUUCUGCUGAGGGGAUUAGAGUCGAUCCUCGAAAGGUUGAGGCUGUUUUGGAUUGGAAGCAGCCUAAGACUAUAUCCGAGAUACAUAGUUUUUUGGGACUGGCAGGGUAUUAUCGACGAUUUGUGGAGGGGUUUUCUCUGAUUGUCGCACCAUUAACUAAGCUACUACAUAAGGGUAUACCGUUUAAUUGGACUGAUUCGCAGUAA